AGCCAUUGUAGUCACGUCACGUGGUUUUAACAAUUCCUCUUCACUAAAUGGUGGAUAAUACGGAUAAUGCAAUUCUCCAUACCAACCGACUCUGAUAAUAGCUGCUUUGAACAGAUGUACAAAUGACGUUAAGUUUUAAAAUAUAACGCCAACAUGUCAGAAAGGCCCCGCCGGGUGCUGCCGCCAUGGAUGGCGAAGAAGGAAGACGACGUGAAAAAGGAGCCGCUGAAGAGCAGGAGAAGACAGAAAACUACACGUGCUGCUUUCUACUGUAUGAACGAGAAAGAGCUGGUAGAGGCAGCUGUUUCAUAUCUUUCCGACGCUGCCUGCCCGGACGUUGAUCUCCUGACUGACCAAAAGGUUGAAGACAAGGCAGAAGAUACCCCUGUGAAAAUAAGGGAGAACACUGCCACUUCCAAGGCGAUAGUAAAGCUGGUGACUUUAGAGGAGGAGUCCUCAGACUGCAAUGAUGCCCCGGAGAAGACGUACGUUUCAGAAACAGACUCAGACAUUCCAGAGGUGGAAACAGUGCCGUACACUAAGAGCCCUCAGCAUCAGGGACCUGGGGGUCAGAGGUCAGCCUUGGUACAGGAUCGUGCUGGUCUCGUGAAUGUUGGACUGGAGGCUGAGGAAAAAGAGGAGCACUCACAGAUGCCGGCAGAGGAAGAUGAUGCUAUGCGGCUUGUGCGAGAAAUCUUUUUCACCUGACCACUGAAAUGUGCACUAAGCUUAAGUGUUGUGUGUGCAAUACACAAAAAAAUAUUAUCAUGGAGGGGAAUGCGAUCCACAUUACAAAUCCACCAGACAACUCCUAUUUAACGCUACAAAUUGGAGAACUGAUCCUUUAGUUGAUGUCACUGACAUGGAUGUAACAUUUGGCACAGCUCCACAGACAGCGGAUAGAAAUACUGACACCUUUAAGUUACCAAAGUUUUUGCAUCGACAUGAGGUGUAUACUUCUGAUGGUAGCAUCUAAAACCCAAUGUUCUGUGAGAAAACAUAAUUAAGCAUCCUGCAGUGUGUUAAUGGAGUUGCUACAGUAUAUCCUUUACAUCCCACCAUAUUGUUGCACUGUUUGUAUGUACACACUUGAAUUAAUGGAAAUUCCUUUAACACAGAUAACGUGGUAUUUUGUAAAGUUGAAACUAGAUUUGUGAAAAAGUAACACUUUACUAGAAGCUUAAACCAGAAAGCCAAAAACUGAUGUUAUUCUUUGAUAAUUAAUGUGAAACUGACAGCAGCUGUGGUAAUGUUAAAGGUAACCACCCAGAGUUGUAGUAGUUAGAGAGAUAUGCUUCAAGCAGAAGACUAGUGCUUGCAUGAGCAAAAGCACUGAACACUUGAAACCGAGUUUCUAUUUCAUACACACCAUACUUUAGUAUAGUAUUCACCUGUUGCCUUUUUGUAUCCAGGUAUUCUGCUGAUGUCACCACAGAUUAAAGAGGCACAUUGAUAUUGAA